AUGAAGUAGGCUUCUAUUGGAACUCUGAGAGAUUCUUUUGAUUUGGAUAGAGUCAUUAGAGAAAAUGACAUAAUUUAACAAUCAUUUAGACAUACUAUACAAAGCACUAAAUUAAAAGAUUAACAGCAAGAUCAAUUCAGUGAUGUUCAAGAUAAUCCAAAUUUCAUGUCAUAUCAGGAUAAUGGGGAUGCCGAUUGCGAUAUUUUAAUUAAAAAAAUGCAUAAAAAAGUUUUUAGUAAAACUACUAAAAAUAGAAGAGUUUAAGAUGCUCAUACAUUUGGUACAGCAAAAAUUGGAUCUCAAAAAUCAAAUGAUCAAUCCUCAAAAACAAGAUUAUUUUGUGAAGGUGAUAAAUUAAAGUCUUCUCUAAUUGAUAUUGAUAAGUCAUUUGGAUUUAUUGAAGAAAUUUAGUCUCGAUAAGAUCGCAAGAAUUAGGAUUAGGAAACAAUAUAAAAUCCUAGGAGUCCUAAAUCAAGAUCAAGUGGAAAUGCUAAAAGCAGUAAAAAAUUACUCCUACUUCAAAAAAGUAGUCCUGGGAAGAAGAAAUUGAAUUUGAAUUUGACUUAGAAAUUGACAGAUUAAGAUACAAAGUGGAAUAAGGUUAUAAGAUUCAUGAAAAAGAAUCCAAAAGUACUGCUAAAUGUAAUUCCAACCCCAAAAAGAGAGCCACCAGAAAGAAAAGAACACUCUGGGAAGAUCGUAAAUUUGAUUACAAUUAAUGAAAAGAAUAAAAAUAUUCACCCUAGGAUGGUUACUUAUAAUAUUGAUGAUGAUGCUAAUGGAGGAAGCAUUUAAUAUAUCCAAAAGGUGCAAUGGUUCAGCAAAGGAAGACCCCAAAGUUGCCUUAGAGUGAGAAGUCCUGAGUUUAAAUAGUCACAGAAGGACAUUUACUAUCAACACAAAAGAAUUAUAAGUAAUUACUAUAAGGAUGAAAGACAUAAAGAAAAGAGAGCUGCUAUUGAGGAACAAAGAUUCAUGGCUAGAAAAUAGAGUAGUUAAUCGAAGACAAAAUCUACAAAAUCAAAGAUCCUUGUGAAGUCUACUUCAAAAUCAAACUAUAGAGGUUCUACAGCCGCAACCUUUGAAACCAAUCCAGCGAUAAGAGUCAUUGAUAGUAGACUCAAAUAGAGGAUUAAUCAAAGUCAAAUAUAAUAGUCCAUGAGCCAAGUAGAAAGCAAUUUUCAGAACAGUACAAACAUAUCUCAGGAAAGGCCUAAAACAUCUCAUGCUUAAAACAGAAGAAUAAAGAAACUAGUUGAUGCAGCCAAUAAACUAAACUCAACUAGUCAACCAUUUAGCACUGGAAUGACUGACCUUUCAAAUGUAGAAUCAGUACUUAAGAAUUUUAAUGACUAGAUGUUUGGAGUUUAACCUAGAAAUGGGAUUGAGGCUAGUAAUACUGAUGGAUAAUCAAGAUUUAGAGAAUAGAGAUUUAAUUAAACACAGCUAGGGAAAAAGUCAGGAUUAAAAUUAGAAAGAGAUGAUUUUUCUCAAAUGAAAUAUAGAUUGAGGUAAAUGCUAGCCACUGAAAAAUCCAAAACUUACGUUGGCCAUCCUCUAAAUCUUGAAACGGAAUUAUCUAAUUAAAUUGCUAAUUUGGAAUAAUAGGACUAAAAACACAAUCAUGAAAUGUAAUAGACUGGAGUAGGAUUGUAUAAAUCAUAAUAAAACUUUGUAAAUCAAAAUUAGCUCUCUCAAAAUGACAGUUCCAAUUAAAAUCAUAAUUUGAAUAUCAAUCAAGAUUCAUCAAUUAUGAAAAUAGAGGAGUUUUAAUACUAAAAGCUUAACGAUGAGGAGCUUAUUCUUGAUAAAAUAAAAUCAGAAUCUAUUAUACCAGAUAAUCAAAUAAGGAUGAUGCCAAAGGAAAAUUCAAUGAUGAUAAAAUCAUAAGAAAUGACAACUAAUAGAAGAAAGCUUUAACAAAGAUAAAAGUCAAAAGAAAAAUCUGGGGAAAUCAACAUAUCAAGCCGUAAUACUUUUGAUCCUUAGCAAUCACCAAAGAAAUCAGAUCAUGCUAAGACUAUUUAAAAGUAAUCUCCCAAGUAAAGAAUGCAGGAUGAUGUAAGAAUUAGAAAUAAGAUUAGAGUUCGGUUGUCAGGUGAUAAGAAGAUAUAUAAAAGAGCAGUUCCAAAGGACAAGAAUGCCACUCCAGAAAAAUCUAUGAAAUAUCUCAUUAAAACGAUUUAAAGUGAUGAUUUGAAACGAAUUAUAGAAGAAAAUGAAAGGGUUCAAGAAUAGCAAUAAGAAUAGUUAAGAAUAUCAUAGCAAUUGGCUAUAGAUUAAUAAAAACUUAUGAUUUCUCCAUCACUAAAAAAGUUAGGCUCUGAUAACAGGUCAUUGCAUUUUUCUAAUUAAAUAGAUGAGAGAUCUCCUCCACCAGUUGUGAGAUUAUUCCCUUAUAGAGAUCUUAAAGACAGUAAGCUAUUUAAGCAAGUUUUAUCUGAGAAAAAUGAAAAAUCAGCUAAGAAUUCUCAUCAAUCAUCAAAUAAAUUAUUGAAGUCCUAAGACAAAAAGAAAAAAGUAGAAGAUCCAUACAAAUUAGCGAUUGAUGAGCUUGAUUAUACUUUGGAAUAAAUGAAAAAGAAUCCUCGAGAUUUUUCCCAUCAUUAAGAAGAGCUUUAAGAGAUUUAUAUCAAGGCUAUGGAUAUAUUAGAAGUAUCGAUGAAAAACAUGGGGAUGAAAAAAAUAUUUGCAAAGAUUAAAGACUAGUUUUGUAAUUCAGCAGAUUUCAGGACUACUUUCAAGCUAGUUAUUAGGCAAAAAAUGAUGAGAGAGACAGAGUAAUAGCUAAAAUAUAUUUUCAAAAGCUACUUAGAAUUUGUUGAGUAUGAGAGUAUUAUUGAACAGCUAAGAGAUGACCGAGCUGAGAGGGAUUUAGUAGUUUACCAAAUUGACAAAUUAUUUGACAUUUACGAAUCCCUAAUGCCCUUAAUUAUUUAGUUCUUAAAAGUAAACAAGAUUUUUCAAGGUGUAAUCGUCAUUCAUAACAGAGAUUUGGAAUUAUUUUUGAAGGAAGUGAUAUCAAGAUAUAGUAGAUCAUGA